UGUUCAAAGCAGACUUUCAAACAAAGGGCCAAACCUGAUCAACCCAUUUGCUCCCGACACGUGCCUGUGAAAUUGAUUUUCGAAUUUAGUUAUAAAAAUUUUGAGGAAUAAAGCUUGAUUAUUCACAAAAGAUGUUUGAUUACCGCAGGGAAUUUUUAUCAAAUGAUACAAAAAUAGAACACAAUGGACAUCUUGAUCAUUCAUUCAUUUCAAAUGCUUGUAAGAAUAAUGACCUUGGUACUAUCAAGGAGUGUUUACAAAGUGGACAGAAAAUUAAUAGUUUUUUACAAGACGGAUGGACAUUGCUCAUUCAUGCAUGCAUGGAAGCUAGUUCAGAUAUUGUCAAGUAUUUGAUAGAUUCAGGAGCUGACACUAAUUUGGAUGACGAUGCUUUUACACCAUUGAUGGCCCUUUGCAAAGCUCGGGGAGCAGAAAUUUAUGAAGAACGUCUCAAAUGUUUAAACUAUCUUAUAAAAGCAAAUGCUAAUGUUAAUGCUACUGAUAAAUGCAGAUUAACAUGUCUCAUGUAUGCAUGCAAUGAAUUUCAAGACAAAGAUCUUGAUUUUGUUAAGGAAAUUAUAAAAUGGACUGAAAACAUAAAUGCAAUGGACAACGAGAACCAAACUGUAUUACAUUUUGCUGUCAAAGCCAACAACCUUGAAUUAGUGGAACUUCUUAUUCACAAUGGUGCCGACAUUGCUUUGAGAACUCGACGCAAUGAUCUCCCUUAUGAUAUUGCUAUGUGCAAGGGGUUCAACCAAUUAUUACCAAUACUAGAUAUUCAAGACAAAAUUGAAGAAAUUAUUGAAGUUAUUCACUAUCUUUCUUGGGUUGAUAUGUUCAAUGACAAAAAAAUUGAUUCAAAUAGCAUAGAUUCUGAUGUUGAUAAUAUCUUAUAUGGAAUGAGUCUAGAACAUUAUAAGAAGUGUUUUAAAGGUAUGCAAUUGAAAGAAUUUUUGUUAUUGGAUCAAAAUAAAUUACAACAAUUAGGAAUGGAUAUUAGUGUACAUAGACAAAAAUUUUGGGAUAACUUAUGGAGAAUUCAUAGCAGAAGAUGGAAUUACCAAAUGAUGAUAAUUGACCCAAAAAAAUCAUACACAGCGUUCAAUGUAUUGUUAAUUUUGGGAAAUAUAAAAAAACAAUUAUCAAUCAUCAACUCAGACUUAAUCUAUGGUGAAAAAUAUUUCAACAGUGUGGAGUUCAAAGGAAAAUUUGAACACAAGGAGCAAUUGAUUAGUACAUUUCUUGAAAUGAAACUUAAAGUUCAACACAUAUACAGACUGACAAAGCAGAUUAAUAGUUUAGAAAACAAGAAAAACGCUCAGUUAACAAAUCAUCCUUUAUACAUUGGUGAUAAUAAUUAUAAAAGUCAAAAAGGAAAAAAUUAUCGUUGGUUUUUCUUAUUACUGCCUUUAGUUGGUAGUAUUUAUAUUUCAAAUUAUAUUAUGAAACCAAACCUUUUUGGCAUUAACUAGAUUUUAUAGUAAUCUAUGAAAAUAGCACCCUUAUUAUUCUAUUUUCAUUCA